AUGAAUAUCACCAACCGUGAUCCGAGGGAGGCGUCGUUGAUUCAGAUGAGACGUUAUUUAUCCGGUGACCUGCAGCGCGUCGGCCAGAGGAUGCGCCAACGCUUGGAGUCCAGUCAGUUCGCACGAGGGUUGCUGAAAGUGAUUGGUGUCCUAGCAGUCACUAUGGUCCUGGCUGAUGGCCUACUCACCCCAGCCCAGUCCGUUCUUGGAGCUGUUCAAGGCAUUGAGGUUGUGCAACCAAGUAUAUCCAAAAGCACAGUGAUUGGUGUCACAGAUGCCAUCCUCGUUGCGCUGUUCUGUAUUCAGCCGAUGGGAAUCACCAAGUUGUCCUUUGCGUUUUCACCGAUCGUGAUUAUAUGGCUCGGAUUCAAUGCGGCGUUCGGAAUAUACAACCUCUCGAAGUAUGACGCUGGGGUCUUCGCGGCUUUCAAUCCCGGCCUGGCGUUCGAGUUUAUGAUACGUAAUAAGACAGACGGUUGGAAGAUGCUAGGUGGUAUUUUGCUCGCCUUCACGGGUGUGGAAGCCCUCUUCGCAGACCUGGGCGCCUUUAGCCGAAGAGCAAUCCAGAUCAGUUGGCUAUGCUACACGUUUCCGUGCCUUGUGUUGGCAUAUGUUGGUCAGGCAGCCUAUAUCAGCGUCCAUCCAGAAGCGUAUUCGAAUCCUUUUUUCAACUCGGUGCCACCGGGGACCCUGUAUCCAGCCUUGGUCAUUGCCAUUUUGGCUGCUAUUGUUGCCUCGCAGGCCAUCAUUACGGCAACCUUCCAGAUCAAAGUCAUUCACACCUCCCGGAUAUUCCACGGGCAGCUUUUUAUUCCGAUCGCCAAUUGGCUGCUGAUGAUUGGAACCAUUUUAAUCGCAUCGAUCUAUAACAAUACAACGUCACUAGGUAAUGCGUACGGUGUUUGCGUCAUGUUCGUGACAUUUUUCGACACUUGUAUGGUUUCUCUGGCGGCAAUGUUCGUUUGGCGGAUCAGCCCGUACAUCGUCUUCCUCCCGUGGCUUACCGUGGCCUGCCUGGAUGGUACAUACCUCUCCUCGGCGCUGACCAAGGUACCCCAAGGUGCCUGGUUUACUAUCACGCUCGCUGCAAUCCUUGCCAUGCUGUUUCUUUUGUGGCGAUACGGCAAAGAGCAACAAUGGUUUGCCGAGGCCGAAGACCGUUUUCCUACAUCACAUUUCAUCAUAUCCAGUCCAGAUGGCCAAUUAUCUCUGUCCAAACGAUACGGCGAAGUUCCAGUCAGUGUCACUCGCGGUCUUGGGAUCUUCUUCGAUAAAGCCGGGGAGACGACUCCAAUAGUAUUCAGCCAGUUUGUGCUUAAGCUGACCGCUUUGCCAGAGGUCAUUGUGUUCUUCCAUCUUCGUCCGCUGGAGCAGCCUUCAAUCGCCGUUGAGAACCGAUUUACCGUGUCGCGAUUGGCGAUCCCCAACUGUUACCGGCUGGUAGUUCGGUAUGGAUACAAUGAUGAGAUCAUCACGCCAAACUUGGCGAGCGUAAUUGUCGACCAAGUCCGGAGGUACCUGUUAUCAAAAAGCGCCAGCGUGGCUUCAGACGAAGAGGGUGGAGAAAAGGAAUCUGGAGCUCGUGGUAGCUCAAGAUCGGAGGGUGACAGAUAUACCCGUGCCUUCCUCGACUCUGAGCUCGCUAAUCUGGGUGCUGCAUAUUCACAUAAAGUGCUCUAUAUCAUGGGGAAGGAGCAGCUAAAGAUCAAAAACAACACAGCGCGCUUCCGAAAAGUCUUGCUACAUAUCUUUUUGUGGAUACGGGAUAACACGAGGAACAAAAUGGCCAAUCUCCGGCUGCCAACCGAGAAGCUGAUUGAAGUAGGGUUCCUCAAAGAGAUAUAG